AAUCUGAACGCUCUUUAGGUGCCUGGGUGCACUCGGGUGGGGAAUCUGAACGCAGCCAAGGAAGAUUAAGGAGAGGGAACUACAUAGGCUGGGGAGAAAAAAGUUGGUCACGAAAAAUGUUCCGCGUACUGCCAUGUUCGUCCGAUGGAAGAACUAGGUCCAUAGCGUCGCCAUAUUGAAUGAUAUAUAUACGUACAUACGUGUCACUUUGCAUAUUGAAAAGUUAAUUGAUAUACAAGUACAGAAGUAUAGCAAUAACUUCUAUAAUUUUUAUAAUUUCAAAGAUAGUAUAGAUAAAAUAAAUUAGUAAAUAAAUGGCUUGUUGCGUGGAUGGCUGCAACUCCAGACGAGAUAAAAAAGGAUUAGAAAGAAAAAGUUUUUUUACACCUCACACAAAUGAAAAGUUUCUUUCUUGGUACGAGAUAAUGUCUGCUAGAAAUAAAAAAAUUAAUAAGAAUAGCAGAUUUUGCGAAUUGCAUUUCAAAUCAGAAGACAUUAUUAAAGAGGAUGCAUUUGUGCAAACAGAUGGUACAAUCAUUUAUGUACCAAGACAAAGACCAAAAUUAAAAGAAGGAGCAGUUCCUUCAAUUUUUUCAGAAGAACGGGUACCAUAUUUUAAUCACAUAGAACAUGAAAAGCAUGAAGGAAGAUUAACCUUCCUUCAUGAUGAAAAGAUUUCAAAUGAAUGUAACACCUCAGUUUUACAUUCAGUCAAAAAACCAGAUCCUAUUAAAUUUUCUGCUGAAGAUAUAAAUAUUGCAAAAGCUAUCGAGGUCCCAACAAGCCAUUGGUUUGUAAAUAUUGAUGAUGAGCAUAUGAUGUGGACAUGUUGGGCUAACGAUUUUUCACACAUUUUAAGACGUAUUAGUGUUACCACAAAUUUGGAAGUAAAGGCAUUUAUUGGAGAAAAAGAAGUUUCUUUUAACAAAAAGAUUCACAAUAUACAAGAAGUUAAACAAAUUUUAAAUAAAGUACAAACUAUGUUUCCUUGUGCAAAUAUUAAUAAUGAAAACAGAGUUACAAAUUGUCAAGGAUUUGUAAUUAUAAACCGCUACAGAGGACAGAAAAUGAGAUGUUCAGCCUGCACAAAAGGAUGGAAGAUACUGUUAAGACAAUCGCGUAAUAUAAUACCAAAUCAAAAAGUAAAAGAAUAUCAUAAUCAGAAAAAAAUAUCAUUUAAUAAUACAUAUAUAUAUAUAUAUAUAUAUAUGUCAUCAGGUUAUCAAGUUGUUUAAACUUUAAAAUUUAUAUAUUACUGUAUUC